UCUCCGUACACACUAAACAACCUCGACACUCUAAAGUUAGCUGCCUUGCCUCAAUAACACUUCCUUUUAUAAAAAUUUGAAAAGCAAGAACAAAAAUACACAACGCAACGACGUAGAAGCGCGUGAAAUGGCACUGACAGCACUCUGCCUCUGCGAUUACUAGAUCGUCAUCGAUAUCAUCUUCUUCUUACUUCUUCUUUUGUUACGAAAGCCUCUCUGACACAUUAUUAUUAUUUCAUUGGCCAAAACGAUUGAUUCAGUUGUUCACUUGUUCUUCACUAUCCGUCUACUCAAACCAAACGAUACCGCAUUAAUUUCAGUGUACGCGUUGGAUCUGCUUUCUAAAUAUUAGACUAGAAUGGGGAGUAAAACGACGUCGACGACUAGCAAUCGAGAGUGGAGGCAGAUCUAUGCAAUCUACGGGAUGGAGCAGUGGCAGACGUUAGUGUUUUUGUUGUGUCACGCGAUUUUGUUCUCGGCGUUAUCGGUUCUUUUCCUUGUCUAUUUCGAGCCGAUAUGCGUGAUGUUUCACUCCUAUCUUAGCCUCGGCGCGGCGCGUUUUGCCGCCGGUUUCGGUGGCGCGGUCUUGGCUUUAUCGGCGGUGUGUUUGUUCUUCGCGGCGGGGAAUUUCUUCUAUUCCGCUGUUCCGUUGCAUUAUGAUAUGGCCCAGCGCAUGGUCGGCUCGGUCAACGAUUGGUCAACGGUGAAGAUGGCGCUUGAUAUUGGCUGUGGGAGGGGGAUUUUACUGAAUACGGUAGCCACUCAGCUUAAGAAGACUGGGAGUUCGGGUCGGGUCGUCGGAUUGGACCGCUCUAAACGCACCAGCCUCUCCACUCUGCGUACAGCUAAUAUAGAAGGUGUACAAGAAUACGUGACAUGCAGGGAAGGAGACGUGAGGAGUUUGCCAUUUGGGGAUAAUUAUUUUGACGUGGUGGUGUCGGCUGUGUUCUUCCACACGGUGGGGAAGGAGUAUGGCCACCGGACGGUGGAAGCCGCGGCCGAGAGAAUGAGAGUUUUAGGAGAAAUGGUCAGGGUUUUGAAGCCCGGUGGCAUCGGCAUCGUGUGGGAUCUACUACACGUACCAGAAUAUGUCCGGCGAUUACAAGAACUAAAAAUGGAAGAUAUCACGGUUUCGAAGCGUGUAACUGCCUUCAUGGUGAGUAGCCACAUCGUAUCAUUCCGAAAGCCUAGUCAGCAUUUCACAGGGCCGGACGAGGUCCGACUAGACUGGAGAAUAUGACAUGGCCAAAAAAAAAAAAACCAAAACGAAAGUUAUUUUGAAAAUGAACAAAGAAAUUAAAAAAAAAAUUAUACAUAUAAUUACUUUUUUUUUUUGUCAAAAGAAAAAAAAAAUCUGGGGAGACGAAGCCGACCCAGAUGGUUGGAUGAAUGAUAAAUAGUUGUAAUUUGAAGUUCAGUUGGAUAGUAAUGAAAUGGGUCUAUUAUGUGUGUAUUA